UUUUUCAGGAACUGUCAACGUGUUGUACCAAGCCACUGAUGUUUAUAUUUCUUUGCUGGUCAAGAAGUGCGAUCAAAUUACAAUUUCUAGCCAAAUUUUCAUGCUAGCGGUUGGUUAUUAGUUUGUUUGCGUGUGUAAAGUGAUCCGAUCGGGUGCCGAAAAGUUGGCCAAUUCCUUUCGAGUGAACAGAAAAUCGCGCGCCCGUAUUGUAUUGCCACUCCCGCCGUCGCCGCCGUCACCGUCGUCCGUGUGUAGCGGCGGGCGUACGUGAUUUUUGUUGUGUUCCGGAAAGUUUGUCAAUUGGAGAUUACCGUGGCAGGAGUUCCACGGUACCAUCCGGUCGAUUAAUUGUGCUCGAAAAAGGUUCAGUGCUAAAGGAAGAUUUCUGUUUUGACCCGCCUCCGCCGGUGAGGAAUUCGUGCUUGUAAAUAUGUCGACCGAGGAGGAGCAACCCGGCACUAGCGAUGCGCCACAGGGAGAUCAGCUAGCAGCGCUCGUCUCCUCUAGCAAAGAAGCUGUGGAUGCCGGCAAACCUGCCAUUGAAACGGAGAAGGAACAAAAGUCUGACACAUCCAAAGCGGAACAACCGACCGAACAGGACAGCAAACCGGAACAAACGAACACAGAGCCAUCAUCCUCGUCUCCAGAAAACAAGCCCACGACAAACGAGGAACCCAAAGCAGAAGAUGUACUUUCUGCCGAUAGUAGCAGCAGUACGGCCGAGCACGUGAAAACAGAUCCCACGUUGCAAGCAGCGAAAAAAGCAGAUUCUAGUCCCGAGCAUCAACAACAAACGGCCGACCCGGCGGCGGACACAGUUCCAGUUGCAGUGGAAAAAGAAGCACCGACGCCGGUAGCAACGGUCCGUGCUGAGGAGGACGACGAUGAGGAGGACGAGGAUGACGAAGAACCGGGUGAUAGUGAGGAGCAGCAGCGGCGUCAGCAGCCACAGCAACAGCAGCGCAUCAUCAACAAACAGCGAAGUGAUGGAGGAGACAGUUACAGCAAUGAGGAAGAGCCGGGCCACAACGCGGCGAACCAGCGGCAGGAUCAGUCUCAAACGCCCACCGGUGCGCAGUACUACGAGGACGACGAGGAGGACGAAGAGGACGAGGGCGAGGAACCGUCCGAAUUGCGGCAGCUGUUCGAACCGAUCAAUGAUUCUCAGGCGCUGAGCGAAGACGAGGAGGACGGAGACUACAUACCGGACGAGGAGGUAAAGAAGACGAUCAUGGUGGGGAGCGACUUCCAGGCCGUCAUACCGGAGGGUUUGUGCCGGUACGACGAUGCGCUACCGUACGAGAACGAGGACAAGCUGCUCUGGAACCCGACGAUACUGAACGAGCAAGAGAUUGAGGACUAUCUGGUGAAAAUCACUGGUCCUGCGGGAGGUUUAGGAAGUGGCGGGGCGACCGGUGGUGGUGCUGGCGGUGGUGGCCAGCAAAAAGGAGCGACCGGUUCUACCGGUACCGCGACAAGCGAUCCCCAGUCGAACAGUGUGUACGCGAUACCGCUCGGCAAUCAUCUGCGAGACGACGAGCAAUCGCUGUAUCUGCUGCAACAGUGCGGGCACAACGUGGACGAAGCGUUACGCCGGAAGCGUAUCAGCAACAAUGCCGUACCGGUGCCCGACCAGCAGAUGAGCAUAUGGUCGGAGGAAGAGUGUCGAAAUUUCGAGAACGGCUUGCGCGUGCACGGGAAGGAUUUUCACCUGAUCCAACAGACGAAGGUUCGCACCCGUUCCGUUGGCGAGCUGGUACAGUUUUACUACCUGUGGAAGAAAACCGAACGGCACGAUCUGUUCGCCAGCAAGGCCCGGCUGGAGAAGAAAAAGUACAACCUGCAUCCCGGGCUGACCGACCACAUGGAUCGGUUUCUGGAGGAGCAGGAAAACAGUACCGGGUUCGGUGACCGCAGCUCGUCGCCCGGCUUCAACAGUCUGUACAGCAGUGCGUCGGAAGCGAAGCGACAGCGGCUGCUCGACUCGAAAGAGAACAACACUGCCUCCUCCAAACGGUCCGCCUCGAAUCUGUGACUCGUGGUAAGGCGGAAGGGAUUGAAGUUGCGGCUGAAGGAGCGCAAAUAAGCGUGGGGGAAAGGCAGGCGGGAAGGGGGGGUAGGGGGAUGCCAGGCCACAACUAUCGACACAACAAGCCUUUUCGUCGACAACAGCGGGUAACAGCUGAUGAUCAGUUCUUCUUCAUCGUCCAAACGCGCGCCAAUCAAUCAUCACGCUCACAUCAUUUUGCCUCGCCCGACAUCAGCAAAUGGGGAUUGUGUGAGUUAAAUCAACCACGAUUUAGACCAACACGGCAGGAAACAGUGUAGCGCGCGCUUAAGAAUCGAGGCAGGACUCGCGUUUUCCGUGGUGCGUAGUGUACAGAGAUCGGUGUAUGAGUAGCUUUUUCGCGAGAUUGCUUUUGCUGGGUGUAACCGUGCUUUACAGGAAUUGAAUUCGAAUAGGAAACGGAACAGAGACAGCUACUCGGACCCCGUUGCGCCGAGCAAUGUAAAUGGAGCAAAAAUAAAUACAGCAUUGUUUUGCCAAACAGAACCCGUACAUUGAGCUCUGUGUUUGUACUGAGGUAGGAAAAGAGUAGCGAGAGCCGUUUCAAUUUUGUAGCCUGUUAGUUUCGCUUUAAGGCGGGUAAGAGAAGAUUUCUUUGAAUGGAUGGAGUGCUCGUGGAGCUUCGGCGUGCGUACGUGCGUUUUGAUUGUGAAAAUAAAUGAUAAAAUAACAUCGCAGCAGUUGUAACACGGGAACCACACAACGGAAUGUUGUAUAGAUUUUUUUUCUAUCGCAAAAGGAUUUAGUUGUUGAGGGAAAAAUAUCAUUGGCCAAAAAAGGGAAAAAAAGGGCGAGAAGAGAGGAUUGAUUUUAGGAAAUGUGUGGAUCGAACCGGAAUUAUAAUCGGGCUUUGCUUUCCUUCGAGGCGAUCAUUCGCACGUCUAGCCAGUUCCGUUGUAUAGGUAGGAGUUUGUGGUAAAAUUUGCUUUCGUGUGUGGUGGUCGUCGGUUCGGUGUGUGGAAGGUAAAAGUCUCAGCAAAGAUAUUAUUCAUUCAUACAGUGAAAACAUUAAUUUACCGAAACGCCAUCUCUCUCUCUCUCUCGAGUUACCUUAAACCGAAACACCUUCCACCUUACACGAAACGCUGUAAAAAGCCGUUAACGAGUGACGCUUUCCCGCGGCAAUACAUAUGUUGAAUGUUUUUUGUACAAGUAUGUGAAGUACGGGAGCAAUGGUUAAUAGUGGUAAGAUAGCAGUAAUAAGGAGGCGGCAGAGGGCGCGUUUAGUAGAUGGUACGCACAGCGCAGUGCGCAAAAGCAAGUAUUUUCGUAUUAUUUUUGUAUAAAAGUUGCUUAGAAAACCAGGCGGAGGAACUUUUGUUGAGAGUGAAAGGCUACUGAAAAAUGGAGGAUAAUAGAAUCAUGGGGAUGAUACUGUCAGUCGCUUUGAGUGUGUGUGUGUGAAGAACAAAAGAAAUGUUUGAUGGAACAAAAAAAAUACCAAAAGAAACAUAAAACAAAGCAAAUCGUGGAUGCAAUGAAUUAUGGAAAGCAUACAAGGCAAAAGGAAUUAAAUUAAAAAAAAUUAAAACUACUUCUUGUGUACUCUUGUGCGAACGUACAUACUUUCUCGUAAAAUUUUGGAAACAAUACAAACAUAAUGUGUAUUAAAAUACGAUGCAUUUAAUGGUAUAAUUCUAGGACGCAAACAAACAAAACGGCAUACAUAUUAAUCUCUUAAAUUUGGAAUCAAUGAACUAAAACACACACACACACACUUAUCGUGGGGACGUUUACGUAUAAGGCACGCUAGUAGCGGCGUGGAAAUAAAUGGGAAGCAAUGGGUGGGAAAACACAGUGUAACAAUACAAAGAUUGCAAAGUAAAACCCAUUAUUGAGCAAGGAA